AUGGCGCCUAAUGGGAGCCAAGCAUUUGAAACCAUGCAUGCUUAUGGAGCCAAGAACACGCAGAUUGUUCCAUAUGGUCAAGGUUCUGCUUUAGUGAAUCAGUUUCCUUUGCAAACCAGUUGGCAACCAUCUAUUCAGUUUGAGAGAGUUGUGUUGCAGAAAAGGCCUGAGGAGCAGCGAAUGCAAGAUCUUGUGGCUGCUAGCAUAACGGAGAAGAGAGCAGAAACACAAAUGUUCCUUUCACUUCCUACGGAGAAAAAAGCGAAGGAGAUCAGACCUCAGUUUGCUGAUGCUCGACUCAUUUGUCCCUAA